AUGAAAGGAGGCAACUGGAUAUUGUUCAACCCUUCCAUCACAUCCAGUUGGGUCGUCAAGAAACUAUGCAAGGUCAAGGACAAGCUGUUGAGGUGGAUGAACACUCCGACAUACUCUAUUACAAAAGUAUACAAUGACCUCAGGGGAGGAGGCAGUAGAGUCGGAUGGAACCACUUUGUAAGGAACAGAUUAACCACUCCCAGAAGCAGGUUCAUUAACUGGUUAGCGUUCAACAACCGUCUGAAAACAAAACUUCGCCUAAAGAUUGCUGGGGUUGUCGGUUCUGACACUUGCCCGAUCUGCGAAUUGGAGAGUGAAACAGUGAAUCAUCUUUUCUUCCAAUGCCCAUUUAUUCAGAAAUGUGUAGCUAAAUUGAAGGAAUGGUAUGAGACUAAUAGUAAGAUUAAGACUCUGGAAGAUAUCCUCAGGAAGAACCGCCUAACACGACACAGAAGAAAACAAUUUGAGGCCACUCUCUGCAACCUCAUCUAUGUGAUUUGGAGCGCCAGAAAUGACGCCGUGUGGAAUCACAAAGUUCCAUUGGUUAACCAAGUGGUUGACAGCGUCAAGGACGCCUUGGAGACCAAAUUCAAAUUCUUAGCAUCCUUGAGAUAUGAUCCAACGUGA